UAAGAAAUUAAGAAAAAUGUAAAAUGUCUGGGUUAGGGUACAGUUACUAAAAUGAAUGGAAGUCAAUACAAAAUCCUAAGUAUGAUGGAAAGGCAAACUUUUGCGUGCGUGCGUGCGUGUGCGUGUGUGUGUGUGUGUGUGUGUGUGUGUGUGUGUGUGUGUGCGUGUGUGUGCGUGCGUGUGUGGGCUCUGGAUCCUCUGACUCUGGACUGAACUCCUGGUUUUCCGGCUGUAGUUCUUGGCUCUGGAUCGAGUGUUUUGCUGAGUUUGUGGUUAUUUUUUCUCCUUACGGAGAACUUAUGAAUCCAGGGAAAGAACUCUGAUUGGCUCAAGCUUUCAUGACCUUUAACCUCAGACAGACUGGAGCUGAUGCUACAUUUUAGUGUUUGAGCAGCUGGACUCUGAUGGUUCUAGUUCUGGUUUGAACUGUGAGCAGAACCUGAAGCAUGGGGAACGCCGAACAACUUCCUCUUUCACCUAACAACUUCCUGUCUGUUAGGGUCCGACCAGUAAGGCACAAGGACAAAGGCAUAUAUAAAAAAUAUUUUCUAUUUAUUUUUCCGAAAAAUCUUAACAAAAGGCUUUCAACAACAAAUCUAAAAAAUAUAGCAAAAUGGGCCCAAAAUAAAUCACCAACUAAGGCAGACCCAACUCAGGAUAACGAACCAAAACCUGACCUCACAAUGAACACAGGCUAAUUUAUACAUAAAGGCUAGUCUACACAAAUGAGGAGAAGUAGGAUAUAAAGACAAACAAUGCAUAAACAUAAAUAACUAAUUCAAACCAAAACAUUUUGACUAGAACACAACUGUAAAAACAAAACAACCUAACACCAAAAAUGUUUUAGCAGUUAUGCCCUUAGUAGAGAGAGAGGCAGAUUCUUUAACAUCAAGUCCUGCUUCCAGCAGCCUGGUGGUUUGUUCCACUUCCUGGUUUGCCUUUCAACCAGUCCUUCAAACUCAACCAGUCCUUCAAACUCAACCAGUCCUUCAAACUCAACCAGUCCUUCAAACUCAGCAAAACUAAGUAGUUAAUAAUUCAAAUAAACAAAAGGUGUUUACUAAAUGUGUGCACUCAUAAUAGUAAACAACCUAAUGCAAUAAACACCACAAAAAGAGUGAAAUUAUAAAUAUAUUGUGUGAAAACAUUUAAAUAAAUACUAACACUGGGGAAAAGAUGGAGGAACCUCCAGACUGUCCAUACAAAAUGUUUUAAUGUGAAAUUUUCAACCAACUAAAAUCAAUAUUUAGUGGCUUUUAAAGUCAAAUGUCAAAUACAGUUUGGAGGUUUUUCAGCCUUAAAUUACUAUGAAAAACCAUCAGGACAGAAACUUUGAACCAGCAUGAAGCUGAUGAAGGUCUGGAACAUCUGCUCUGCUUCAAAUCAUGAAAACGAGAAACAAUGGAGGUUUGAAGGUUUCAGUUUUUCUCUCAUAUUUUGUUUUGAAUGAAUUAAGUCAUCAGUCAUUAUCAGUCUUUGUGGUUCUGGUUCUGCUGGCGGAUCAGAGGAAGUUCCUCCUGUUGGAUGGAUGCUGGUCUGAGCUGAACGUUGGACCGGCGUCUCCAUGGUGACAUCAUCAAACCUACAGAAGGACGACAGGACGUCCAUCCUGACGCUCCGGAUCAUUCCUGAUCAGAGUAUCAGCUCCAGCUGUUCCUCUGGGACCGAUCCAGCACCACGAUCCAGACCCGGCUCCUGGUCUGGGACCAGAACCGGUUCAUACUCAGCUGGAUCUGAUCGAUCCGGGUUUCUCAUGGUUCCUCCUGUUCAUGUCUUUCAUUUCUGCUCUUCACUCCAAGAUUUCUCCCAGCAGCUGAAGGAAAAUCUGUUAGGGAACCUAGAACCUCUGAGGCCAUCUGGAGUCCGAUGGUUCAGAGUCCAGAAACAUUUCUGAUGGUUCUGGUUUCUUAUAUCUACAUUCCUGAAGGCAGCACCUUUAAGAGAAACUAGCAGCAAUAAUUUGGAUGAUUUCAUCUGGCAGAAGAGAUUAAAUGGCGCUUCACCAAGUUAUGCAGUUAUAAAUGUUGCCGUUUCAAAGCUAAAUAUUUCACAUUCUGGUCUGGCUCAGUUCUGGCUCUGCUUUGGUUCUGUUCUGGGUCAGACUGGUGGAGGUCAAAGGUCAGCGGAGGCUCUGACGUUGGACCAGCUGUAAAUGAAAUGAACGGAUGUCUAGUGCGCCCCCUUCUGGUUGUGUCAGAGGUUCUGGCUCGGUUUACUGCAGAUGACGAACUGCUCACAGCAGAACCGAAUUGGAGGGUAAACCUGGAACCGGAACCGAACCGUCAGCGGUUCUGGUUGCUGAUGUUUGAUAGAAAUGGUUCUGUUGACAGCUCGGCGCCACGUGAUCACCUGUCACCUUUCCUUUUAAUUUGUUGUCAUGGAAACCAAAGAGGGAGAGAGAAGGAGAGGGAGAGCGUCCCCGCCCCCUCCCUCCGCGCCGCCGCCGCCGCACCGGGCAGAACCGAGCCGCGCGGAUCCACCGCCUGAUCCGUCCUGAACGGCAGCCCGCGGGUCCGGACCGCCCGAACCGGGCCGUGUGUGUGUGUGUGUGUGUGUUUGUUCUGCUGUGGACCGGGGGAGCCGCUCUCCCCGCGCACCGACGUCUCUUUAAUGACCGGAUUCGUUUUCUGCUGCGCGAUGUACAUGGACCGAAGCAGCGUGAGCAGAGGCCCCGCCUCCUCCACCAGCCCCACCCUGCUGGCUAAGAGCCUCUCUCUGGAGCCGUCCUGCUCUCCAUGUGGCCACCAGGGGGCGCUGGACGCUGACGCUCCCCUGCAGCCCGACUCGGACCCGGGGUCAGAGGAAGGCGCAGAGCCAGCGGAGAGCGGCGGGUCCGUGAAUGACACGGGGCCACCAGAGCUGCCAGUAACUACAGUAACGGCGCCAAACCGGACCCGCCCGCCGCUGCCGGGGCCUAAACCUCAGGUUCCCCCGAAACCCCCCCACCUGCAGCAGCAAGCUGGAGCGAUGAGGCCACGCCCCCGAGUCCUGGAGAAGUCCCUCCCACCGCCGCCCCCCUGCAGGCCCCUCCCUGCUGACCCCCGGGGGGGCUGGACCCCCCCCAGCCAGGCCGACGGCACCGCCUCCCCCACCUGCGUCCUGUCGCUCAUCGAGAAGUUUGAGCGCGAGCAGAUCAUCGUGGUGCCGGACAUCACCGGGGGGGCGCUGUGCCCCCGCCCACUGGACCCUCCUUCCCCCCGAUCUUCAUCACCUCCAUCCUCUGCCUCGCCUGUCCCCCCUCAACCCGGGGGGGCGGAGCCACCCAGUGACCUCACAGAGCAGGAUGACAUCACACAAGGGGCUGAGCUAUGUGAUGAAGAUGAUGAUGAGGAGGAGGAUGAAGAGCUAGCGGCGGCCUGUCGGGACGACGUCCAUCACAAACGUCUGUCCAUGGAGUCGGGUUACAGCGCCUCAGACAAACCGCUGGAGGAGGAGGUGGUUACCGUGGAAACGGAGGAGCAGCAGCCCCCGCAGCCUCCAGACCAAUCAGAGCUGCCCUCCGAGCGUCUGUCCCUCCCCUCCUCGCAGACGGACGGGAAGUUGGCCAAUCGGGACAGCGGCAUUGACAGCAUCAGCUCGCCGUCACACAGCGAGGAGCUCUGCUUCGCCGGCGUGGACGACGGGGGCGUGGCCUAUCCCUGCAGCCCCGCCCUGCUGCCCCGCCUCUCCAGCUCCUCGUCCACCGCCGGGGAGGUGGGAGAGGGGGAGGAGCCCCAGGGGGGGGCGAGGAGGAGGGAUUUCUCUGAGGAAGGGGACAGCGACCUGGAGGAGGAGGCGGAGCUAACACUGGUUUUGGCCCCACCCAAACCGGACCGGCAGGAAUCCGUGGAGCUGUCCGUCCAUCAGCGGGUUUUCAACAUUGCCAACGAGCUUCUCCUCACCGAGACCGCCUACGUGUCCAAGCUCCACCUUUUGGACCAGGUGUUCUGCGCCCGCCUGCUGGAGGAGGCGCGCUGGCGCUCCUCGUUCCCCUGCGAUGUGGUUCAGGGAAUCUUUUCCAACAUUUGCUCCAUCUACUGCUUCCACCAGCAGUUCCUGCUGCCGGCGCUGCAGAAACGCAUGGAGGAGUGGGACUCCAACUCGCGGAUCGGCGACAUCCUGCAGAAGCUGGCUCCCUUCCUUAAGAUGUACGGAGAGUAUGUGAAGAAUUUUGACCGAGCCAUGGAGCUGGUGAACAUCUGGAUGGAGAGGUCCGCUCCGUUCAAGGCCAUCGUCCAGGAGAUCCAGAGGGAGGAGCGCUGCGGGAACCUGACGCUGCAGCACCACAUGCUGGAGCCGGUGCAGAGGAUACCCCGCUACGAGCUGCUGCUCAAGGAUUACCUGAACCGCCUCCCAGAGGACGCCCCGGACCACCGGGACGCCCAGAAGUCUCUGGAGCUGAUCGCCACGGCCGCAGAACACUCCAAUGCCGCCAUUAGGAAGAUGGAGCGAAUGAGGAAGCUGCUGAAAGUUUAUGAGCUUCUGGGCGGAGAGGAAGACAUCGUCAACCCGACCAAUGAACUCAUCAAGGAGGGACACAUCCUCAAGCUGUCCAAUAAGAAUGGAACCACGCAGGACCGAUACCUGAUCCUGUUCAACGACCGGCUGCUGUACUGCGUCCCCAAGCUGCGCCUGAUUGGUCAGAAGUACAGCGUCCGCGCUCGCAUCGACGUGGACGGCAUGGAGCUUAAGGAGACCAGCAGCGUCGCUGUUCCCAGCAGAACCUUCCUGGUGUCUGGAAAACAGAGAUCUCUGGAGCUGCAGGCCAGAACGGAGGAAGAGAAGAAGGACUGGAUCCAGGCCAUCCAGGCCACCAUCCAGCGCCAUGAACAGACCAUGGAGAGCUUCAGACACCUCACCUGUUCUCUGCGAGACGACGAGUCCACGCCGCCCCACUCCCCGAGUUGCGUGGAGUUGGGAAAACGAGCGCCGACUCCGAUCCGGGAGAAGGAAGUGACUCUGUGCAUGAAGUGCCAGGAGCCGUUCAACUCCAUCACCAAGAGACGCCACCACUGCAAAGCCUGCGGACACGUGGUUUGUGGCAAAUGCUCGGAGUUUCGCGCUCGCUUGUCGUACGACAACAACCGGACCAACCGCGUCUGCGUGGAUUGCUACGUGACGCUGGUGGGGGCGUCGCCAACGCCGGGGGCGAUGAGCAGCAGCAGCCAGAGGAGGCGCUCCAUCCUGGAGAAACAGGCCUCGCUGGCCGCAGAGAACAGUGUGAUUUGUAGUUUUCUACACCACAUGGAGAAGGGCGGGGGGCGGGGCUGGCAGAAGGCGUGGUUCGUCAUCCCGGAGAACGAGCCGCUGGUGCUCUACGUCUACGGCGCUCCGCAGGAUGUGAAGGCGCAGCGCAGCGUCCCUCUGAUUGGCUUCGAGGUCUCGCCGCCCGAGUCAUUUGACCGCUUGGAGCGACGCCACGCCUUCAAGAUCUCUCAGAGUCACCUGACUCUCUACUUCAGCGCCGAGGGGGAGGAGCUACAGCGCAGGUGGAUGGAUGUCCUGUCCAGGGCCGGCAGGGGGGAGGAGCCUCUCAUCCAUCUGCCAAUCGUGGAGAGCGUGGAGGAAGAAGGGGAGGAGCUUGAUGGCGAGGCGGAAGGAGAGAACACCUGAUUUCACUGGAGUGAAGACGAAGAUGAGGCUGAAUCUGGAAAACUUGUCCUGGUCGGACCGAAGAAAAAACAGAGCCAGAACCAAACCCAAGUUAAUCCAGAACCAAACCAGAGUUAAUCCAGAACUAAGUUCCCAAACAUAGAAAUAUUCUAUAAUUUACCCAAAACCAAACCACAACUCACCUACCACAAACCCAGAAACAAAACAGGAGAAAUCUCUGGAAAAUUCACAUUUCAUCCAAAAUAAAUCCAUAAAUAAUCUGGAAGUAAUAAACACAUAAUUUUUACAGAAACAAAAAGUGAAAAUCAGAACCAGAACAAAUCUAGAACCUUUCAGAACAACCUGAACACAAACCAACCACAGCCAAUCCAGAAACAUGAAUCUGAUGCUAGAAAAUAAGUUCAAAAUCAUUAGAACCGCAGGAACCAGAACUGAUCCGGACCGGUUCUGGUUCUGAUCCGAACCACAUCUUGUUCUGGUUCUGGGCAGCAUAGUCCAGAAAAGCAACACAUCAGGAUCAGAAUUAUUCACAGAUGAGCCAGUGAAGUUCUGCUGUUCUCCGGACCCGACCCGGAGAACCGGAACCAUGAAGCACACAGAACAGUUCGCUCCGCAGUCUCCAGAUCCGACCCGGAUCUUCCUCUCCAGAGGAAGCUUCUCCUCUUCCUCCAUGUUCUGUAUGACUUUCUGCUGAAGGUCCGGAUCCAGCCUGGAUCGGAUCGGAUCCUGGGAGAACUGGGUCACAGAAGGUCAGGCCGGUGAGACUGGUCCGGUCUCAUCCCAGAAAGUUUUCACACCUUCACAGAACUUCCUGCAGAACCAACCCAAACAGCACAAACCGGGCCCAGAGUUCUGCUCAGUAGGUUCUGUCUCACAUUCCUGAGGAUCCAAAGAUCUGAAGGUCUGGUCCAACAUCCCGCCCAGGUUCUUCACAAACAGCAGGGAACCAGAACCCGACCAGAACCACAGAUCCCUCCAGUUCACAGGCUAGAACCCAUCCAUCCCGCUGGACCGGCAGGAGGUUCUGCAGAACCGGAACCGUGGAGGUGAACUACAUUACCCAGCAUCCUCUCCCCCUGCUGGUGAGGUUGGGUACAGCAGGGUUUCCGUUCUCUGUGUGAAUAUAUUUCUAUUUGUUUACAGCAGAUCUCUGAUUUACUUCUUUUUCUUCCGUCUGAAACGAUUCCAAAAAACCACAAAUGAAACGUGGAACUGUUUAAUAUUUAAUGUUGGAGAUGAAAGCUAAUUUAAAAACUGAGUUUUAUGAGUUGGAGAAAAUCUUUAGAAAUGAUGGAAAUUUCAACUUUUAAUGUGAUUUUAUAAAAACCUUGUUUCAUUUUGCUUUUUAAUGAUCAGAGUGAUGAUGUAAGACAUGAUGUCAUCUCCAGUCUGUUGGAGCAGCUGAUUGGCAAGAGCACUGACCAAUCAGAGCAGAGAUUGGUUAUCCGUUGGUAGGUUUCAGUCUUUGGUCGUUUCCUGACAGAAGAAGAAACUGAUGGAGGAACGAUGAUGAUGAUGACGAGGAUGAUGAUGAUGAUGACGAGUAUGAUGAUGAUGACGAGGAUGAUGAUAAUGACGAGGAUGAUGAUGAUGAUGAUGAUGACGACGGGUUUGGGAUGUCUAAUCUCUGGAAGUUCUCCACAGACUGAAUGGAGUCUCUGACUGGUUGAAGAUGCUUCCAGCAUUUAGAUGGAGCCGACUCUGUUUGGACUGGCUCUCUCUCUCUCUCUUUCUCUCUCUCUCGCUCUCUCUCUCUGUCUCUCUUUUUUUUCACUUGUUUUCCAGAAAGUGUUUUAAAAUUUUAAAUCUUCUAAAUAUUCUUGUUGUUCUCAAGCUUUGAACCACAGAUGCUCUCUGGGUUCCCAUUGGGUUCCCAGUUUGUUUCCAUUGGGUUCCCAGUUGGUACCCAUAGGGUUCCCAUUGGGUUCGAAGUUGGUUCCAGUUGGUUCCCAGUUGGUACCCAUAGGGUUCCCAUUGGGUUCGAAGUUGGUUCCCAGUUGGUACCCAUAGGGUUCCCAUUGGGUUCGAAGUUAGUUCCCAAUUGGUUCCCAGUUGGUACCCAUAGGGUUCCCAUUGGGUUCGAAGUUGGUUCCCAGUUGGUUCCCAGUGGAUUCUUGCUUUGGGUUCUCUGUGUCCGUAAGUCUGGCUGUGUUCAUUCUGCUUAAUGGAGAAACUUUUGUAAAUAUAAUUUAUUAUUUUGACCUAAUGCUCAUGUGACUAUGUAAAGGUUAAAGGUCCUCCAAUCGGAGUCACACAGGAAGUUCAGACUGGUAAAGCUUAAACAGAGAUCUGACGUGUUAGUGACGCUGGGUGCUGCAGUGGAAGCUGAGGGAACCUGUUAGAUCAGGUGGAUGACCUGAGGGACCUGGAGCACCAGGUGCUCCCGGUACGUCGGGCUCCAGUUUACAUUCUGAAAGUGGAAGCAACAGAAAAAAACACAUUUGAAACAUCCAGUUCAUGAUUUGCCUUAGCUUCCAUAUCCUAAAUGUCUGAAGCCUGAAUCCUUUCUGUUUACACAGCCACACCUGUACCUGCUCUUCUCUGGUUUCUAAAGGCCGGUUCCUGGAACCAUCAAAGUUGAGUAGAUUUUUACGUCCUCCGACUCUUCAGAGGCCAUUAGAACCCCUGACAUGUUGUUUGAGGCUUCAGUCUGUAGAGAUAAACAUGGCCGCUGCUAUGAUGAGCAAGAAGAAUCCCCAAAGCAAGUUCCCCAUGUUCUUGUGGUUGUCACAGCGCCACCUGCUGACUUAACAUUCCUGGUUUUUGAUGUUAGCAGAUUCCCUCUUCUUCCAGUGACUGUGCUAAGCUAUGCUAACACAUCAGAACAGGACAGGUUCUUGCUUUAGGUUCUGGAUUUCUGACUCUCUGAUUGGUUGUUUGGCAGCCGCCAUUUGUUGUUAGCGUGUGUUUAGCAUGUGGAGCGGUGAGGAUGGAAGGAAAUGGCCACCAGGUCUUUCGGCGCCUGUUAGCAUAUUUGUUUCAGUUGAUCUGCUUUGUUCCGUUUCUGUCAGUGUGACUGAAGACUUCCUGUUAGCAGAGUUCUACCUGGUUCUCAAUGGAUCCCACUGGUUUGGGAUAAAUUUGAUCAGUUCUAAAUCAGUCUCAUUAGUUUGACUGAUGUCCACCGGUUCUCACUGGUUUUGACCAAUUUGAACUGGUUCUAAUUGGUUUGACUGGUGCUAGCAUUUUUAAGUAGUUCUCAUAAAUCUUCACUUGUUUUCUCCAGUUUUAACUGCUUGUAGCUGGUUCUUACAGGAUUUUCUUUACUGUUCUCAACUAGUUCUUACAGGUUUGGAUCAAUUCCAACCAGUUGUAACUGGUUCUGACUGGUUCUCAAAGAUUUUCACUAUUUCUUGCCAUUUUUAAUCGCUUCCAACUGGUUUUUUGUACUGUUUCUAACUAGUUCUUGCAGGUUGUGACCGAUUCAAACUGGUAGUAGCUGGUUCCAACUGGUUCUUGCAGGUUUUCACCAGUUCCUGUCAGUUUUAGUCGUCUAGCAGUAAAAAUUCUAGCUGGUUCUUACCAGUUUUGACCAGUUCAUACCAGUUGUAACUGGUUCUAGCUGGUUGUAACUGGUUCUUAUAGGUUUUCGCUCAUUCUUUGGCUUUGAUUGCUGUAGGUUUUGAUGAUUUCUGCUUACUGGUAGCUACUGGUUUGACUGGCCCAGAUUGUUUUUGACACAUUGUUCUAGUCUAAUCAAUGUUUAAUUAAAAAUCCUGACAAAUUUGGACAACUAGCCAAGUAUCCCUAGCUAGGCCUUGGUUAACCUGUUAGAACUGGUCAGAACUGGUAUAGGAUAGUUUCUCUUAGUUAUAUUUGACUAACUGGUUACAGCCAGUCUUAACUGGUUAUGGACGUUUAGAACAUGGUCAUGGUGAGGGUAAAAGCAGUUACAACCAGGUAUGUCCUGUUAAAACCAGUUCUAACUGGUUACAUCAAGGUAUUUCCAGUUGGUUUCAGUCGAAGCUCGGUUCACUUUAUUUUCAGUCAAUAAUCCCCCCCACCCAUCUGUUCUGUUCAUUUCCUGACAAGUUGCCGUGGUAACGACCAGGGGGGUUUUGCAUGUCCAUGUUACCAUGGCAAUCACACCUGCCUGGAUCCCUGUUACCAUGACAACAACAGCAGCUAUAUUUGCUGCCUUUAUUUUAUACCAAGCUUAUGUUGUCUUGCUGAAUUUUAAAUGUCUUGUUAUUGUCACAUUGAUUGAUUGAUUGAUUGAUUGAUUGAUUGAUUGAUUGAUUGAUUGAUUGAUUGAUUGAUUGAUUGAUUGAUGGUUUUUGGUUAGUGGCCGGCCACUGCCUUCCAUGCUGUCGCUGCCUAUUUCCCAUCAUGCACCUCUGUAAAAUAAAGUAAAUGAGGUUGUAAUGAAAAAAUAAAAGUGAUGAAAUGGCUUAA